UGUCCUUCACAGCAACGCUAGAAGGAGAGAUGGUCUUCAACCUCAAAUGUGAUGUCGAGAGGAAGACCCAGCCACUCUCCUUGAAUAUCAAGGCCACUGGCUAUAACAUGAAGGUGUCUGUCAGGUGUCAGGACAGCAGUGGCCAUGUCACCGAGCUGAGCACGAAGGAUGCCAAUGUCAUUGAUUUCAAGGAGGUACAGCUCAACGAGAACGUCCAGUGCAUCUUCAGCAUCCACAACCACAGCAAGUUCAGCCUCACCUUCUCAUGGGAGCUCAGUGGCCCUGCAGCCCGUAGGCAGGUCCUUAGUGUCAGCCCUCGGGUGGGCACCGUGCAGGCAGAGGAGACAGCAGAGACCCAGCUGGCUUUUCACCCCCAGAAGGUGUGCUCUCUAAAGGGUGUGGAGCUGAGGCUGCAGAUCAGCAAGGGUCCCACGUUUACCUGCACAUUCUUGGCCACUGUGGUAGUGCCCACUGUCUGCUUCUCCACCACCAGACUCAACUUUGGAGCCUGCUUCAUCUACCACGCUGGGAUGGCACCUCCCCGUCAGACCCUGGUCAUCACCAACAAGGCAGACAGGGAUGUGAGUCUGAGCUGCUUGUUCACCAGCACUGCACACCUGGAGGUGGACUUCCCAGGCUGUGUCCUGUGCCCAGGAGGGACAGUGGAGGUGCCCAUCACUUUCUACCCCAGAGAGGUGGCAUCUUACCAUGAGCUCAUCCCUUUUGAAAUCAAUGGUCUGUGCCAGCAGACUGUUGAGGUCCGAGGAAGGGGCACAGAAAUGAAGGUUGACGUUGUGGAACCCCGAGGAAAGGUGGUGAAGCUGGGAGCCCUCUCCAUCGGACAGACAGUGAAGAAGAUUGUCACCAUAGCAAACAACAGUGCUGCCCCCCUCACUUUUAAGCUCAGUCUCAUGUCCACCACUCCAGAGCUGCAAGAAGAUGGGGUUCUCUGCUUGAGCCCCGCCAAGGAACUAAGCCUGAAGGCCAAAGGAGACAGCUGUAAAGUGGCAGUGACCUUCUCCCCGAUGUGCCGCAUCCAGCCCUUCACAGCAGAAGUGAUGCUGGAGUGCAACGGGCUGGUGUGCUCCCUCUUCAUGGUGGUGGGAUCCUGCCAGGGCAUCUCUCUGAGCUUGGACCAGGAGCACCUCAGCUUCGGAGCAGUGGUGCAGCAGAGCUCCACAUCCCAGCGUGUCGUCCUGCAGAACACGGGCGACAUAGGAGUCAAGUUUAAGUGGGACAGUGAGAGCUUCAAGCCAGAUUUCUCCAUCAGCCCCACAAAGGGUUACAUCUGCCCAGGGAUGGAGGUCCCCUUCGUUGUCACCUUCCACCCCUCAAAGCUGAGCCACGCUAUCCAGUAUGAGGACCUGCAGUGCUUCAUCCAGUGUGCUGAACCUCUCCGGCUGGCGCUGACAGGGUGCUGCAUGGAGCACCAUGGGACCAAAGAGACACUGACCUUCACAUGUGACGUGCGUGAGAAGCAGAGCCAGACCAUCCUCCUGUCCAACCCGAGCAACGAGGCCUGGACCCUGCAACCCAUCAUUGAGGGGGGACACUGGACGGGGCCGGAAUUCUUCCAUCUAGAGGCCAAUCAACAAAAAAAGCCCUACGAGAUCACUUACAAACCCCUAACCAUGAGCUCCGAGAAAAAGAAGCACCAGGGCUCCAUCUUCUUCCCGUUGCCGGAUGGGACAGGUCUGUACUACCUCCUGCAAGGAACUGCUGAGGCCCCAAAGUGCUCAGGGACCAUUUUCCGGCAGGUGCCAUGUAGAACUUCCUACACUGAGCUCAUCCCUGUCUCCAACUGGCUGAAUAGACCACAGAGGUUCCGUGUGGUGGUGGACAUACUCAAACCAGAAAACCUAGAGAGGAGUUCUGUGCUGCAGGGGCUGGAAUACAUUGACGUGCCAGGCUCUGCCAAGAAGGACUACAAGCUCACAUUCCUCUCCUACAAGGAAGGAGUCUUCAACACCAUGGUGACCUUCCUCAACGAGGUGACCCGGGAGUACUUGUUCUACAUGGCGACUUUCAAGGCCACCGCUUCGGGACCCAUCAGCACUAUUGAGAUGACCGCUGCUGUUCGGCAGAGGGUGUCUUCCACCGUCAAGGUGGACAACCCUCUGUCCGUCCCAGUGACGUUUGCCCUAGAUUGCAAAGUGCCCGACGUCAGCGUUCCUCCACAGUUCACCGUUCCUGCACGGUCAGAGGCUGAUCUUGUCUUGGAGUACCAGCCCCUGAAAAGUGGGGAGAACAGCGGGUGCCUAGUGCUCCAGAGCAGUGACUUGGGCUCUUUCUACUACAAUCUGCACCUGAAAGCCACCACAAGCAGGCCGGAGAAGCCCCUCUACUUCUGCACCACGCUGGGCUCUAGCCAGACCAUCACCACCCAGUUCAUUAAUUAUGCCCGGCAGAAGACAGAAUACCUUCUCCAGACCAACUGCCCCGACUUCCAGACGGAGAAGACCAUCAGCGUGGCCCCUGCCAGCCCCAGGGGCUCAGAGGUGAGCGUGGAGGUGACCUACGAGCCCUGCCAGCUGGGGGAAGCCAGGGCCACGCUGCAGCUCUCUUCGGCCCUCGGUGGAGAGUUCCGCAUCCCCCUCUUUGGCCUCGCCCUCCCGCCCAAGCCUCAGGGCCCCUUCUCCGUCAAGGCCGGUGGCACCACCUCCAUACCCUUCAAAAACAUCUUCCUGCAGCCCACGGCCUUCCAGUACACGGUGGAGCACCCGGCCUUCUCCAUCAGGGCCCCCGAGAGCUUGCGCCCCAAGAAGACCACCUUCAUCAGCGUCUCCUUCGAGGGCGAGGGCCCCGCCACCAGCAAGAUGGUGGUUUCCUGCCCGGGGGGGGCCAGCGUCUGCUGGGUCUACUACCUCAAGGGGCUCCCCUCUCACAAGUGA